UUAGCUUAUUAACAUUCUAAUUUAAAUGUUUAGGCUUUUUCUCCUCUAUAAAUUGAGACCAAGCCCCAGCAACGCAUCAAGCAUCUCCGACAAUCUCUUCCUUUUAAAGGUGAAGACAUCAGGUAUUGCACUGUACGUUGUUCUUCUACUAGCCGUAGCCGAGCCACUUUUUUUCGCGGCAGAAGGAUGUGUUAUUAGUGAACUGCAACCUUGCGCAUCUGCCAUCGCGUCCGGUACUCCACCUUCUGUAGAGUGCUGCACUAAUUUAAAGCAACAGCAGCCUUGCUUUUGCGAGUACCUCAAAGACCCAAGCGUAGGAGGGUAUGUUAAAUCUCCCAACGCCAAGAAGGUUGCUCGUGCUUGUGGAGUGUCCAUUCCCACUAAUUGUUAACUAUCUAUGCUUCUGUAGACUACUUAGGGAGUACUAUUCCCAGUAAAAGUAAUAUGGUAGCUAGCUUUAAUCAGAAUAAUGAUGCACUUGUGUCCAUCUUUUUAAUAAUGGAAAAUAAAUAACUCUUGGACCACCUAUCUUUUUAACCUAUUAGCAUGGGAUGUGUAAAGGUUGUUGGACAGGUCCACAAGUAUUAUUUAUAAUUGUUUCUCACUAUAUGAAUAUGUAUUUAUAAUAGAGAUAAUCGGAAAACUAUAUGUGAGAAUGAUGUGUUGGAAUUCUGAAACCACCUAUUAUUAUCUUA